CACUUGCAGCUCGGGAGAAAUGAAGUUUAUAUAAACGACAUUGAGUUCGGUAAAACAAUGGUCGUUUUCUCGUAAAGGAAAAAGAAAGGGUUUGAUCUUCACCGACUAUUUGCAGGUCAUCAACAUGGACCGUCAGAUUAACAUAUAAAAUCCUCCUUUGUUUUCCAAAGCAACCGGUAACCGGUCGACCCAGCCUUCUCCAACCCGAAACGCAUCUCCCUCAUUUUUUUACCAUCUCCGGCACCAUUGCAACCUGGAAACAACUCCCAAAGCGUUUGAAGAACCUCAACAACAAUCCCUUGCUGGCGAUUGCACUGCAAGCCGAGAGAAGUUUUUUUUCGUUUUUAAAACAGAUCUUGGCACCUAAACAUGGCUGCUGGAAAGGAGGAGGAAGUGGAGGUUAAGGAUGAGCUUGCUGAAUCAUUGAAUGAUAUCUUCACCAGUGUCUCCACCAUGGUCAAAGGUGAACUUGAGGGCACGAAUCAUCAGAUGGAAAUUUUGGAAAAAAUGAAUCUAAGAACGGCUGAAGAGUAUAAAGUUUUUGGGGAUGUGGCUUCUGGAUUGAGGGUUUUUGUGGAGCAUUUGAAGUCAAAAAGUGCUAGUUUUGAUGAGUGUGUUCAGCAAAUUGAUACAAUAGAGCGGCAAGUGACUGAAUUUGAGGCUUUAAUGUCAAUGCUUGAUAAAUAUGUUUCUUUGUUAGAAUCAAAAGUGCAAUCUGUGUACCAACAUCCACCUUCAUGAAUGAAAGUUUCUUUUUUUGA